AAUUUCGUUCGCACAGCCAGCCGGAGGAGCAGCAAUCGAAAGGGAGCCAUGUUGGUCAAGGUCUUAAUGCUCGCAUUGCUCGCGGUCCUGAGCCAGGCGAAGCCCCAGCUGCUGGUCACGACGCCAGUGAGUUAUGCCACCGGAGCGGGGGGCACCUGGCUGGCCGCCGCCCCCUCGGCCUACUACCCCGCCUAUGCCAGCUAUCCGGCCUACGCGGCGUAUGCGUAUGCACCGGUUUAUGGCGCAUACGACACGUAUCCCUACUACCCGUAUCUAAGGCGCUGAAUCCGGAACCGAUGCCUGUUGCUGUUGGCCUCCGUGCUGGUCGACUUAAAUACUCGGCGAAUUCGGAGGCAUUCCUAGUGCAGUGCUCUACCUUAAGCCCCUUGCAAGGUACCCCAAUUAGCAGUGUACUUUAACUAAGAAAUGAUAGAUGAACUUAAGAAAAUAUUUGUUAUUCUCAAGGAUAUCCUGUUGACGCAUAUGUUCUUUUGAUUAAAUUUUAAAAUAUA